AUGACUUCGGUGGAAUGGCGAAGAAUUGUAUAUAGCCAGCCCAACGAAGUCCACGACUAUUUCCUUACUCUCGACUAUGAGGUCCAGUUGAUCUGGGACUCACCAUGGCGUUUGACCAAGAUCCUAUACCUUAUGACGAGAUACCUUCCGUUCCUUGAUCUGACGAUACUCUUGAUAUACCUAAAUGUUUCGCGACCGGCAGUGGAAGACUGCCUGCCUAUCUACCGCUUCAUGGGGUGGUGGGGUGUAGGAGGAAUCGCUAUUGCAGAAGUACUCCUGACGAAGCGUAUAUGGGCGGUUUGGGAGCACAGCAAAGUCAUUAUCGCCGCCACUGCCUUACUAUUCACUGGUAUCUUCUCCGCAAUUCUUGUCCUCACAUCCAUGUUCAUGGGUGAAAUCGAAUUCUAUCCGGGACUCGUUGGAACAACGUGCAUAAACGUUGCUCCAGCAUGGAAGCUGAAGCUUGCGUGGCUAUUAGCCGGCGCUUAUGACUUGGUCAAGCGUGCAACAAACGUAAGGACACUCUCGUGGGUGCUUUAUACCGAUGGAGUUACAUUCUAUAUAACCUUAAUUGUCCUGGCCGUCGUUAAUGGUAGCCUUCCCGAUGAUCUCGUACAAUUACUCAGCGCUUUCAAGGCUACACCGGGUUUCGAUUUCGAUCUUGGCUUGUCGUGCCAUACUUCACAUCCGCAAAGCGGGAUAGAUGACGAUUUCGAGUUCGACUGGAAAGUCUAA